AUGGUCCUUUUCACCAUAAGCUCAGCCCUUAGAGAGCACAUCCGAACAUGUGGAAUAGAUAAUGAAAAGUUUGAACACCUUAUGCACACAGAUCAUAUUUCGGAUGCAGACUUGAGAACCUUGUACAAGAAAUCAUCUCACGAUACUCUUCUAGCUUUCAUACGAUCAACCAAUAGCCGCUUAUACAUUCCAAAUAAGAAUGAUCGCAAUGAUCAGCACCCAAAGACAAAGGAGUUUCUUGCAUCCAUGGAAAAGCUCCGACUCAAAGCGAAGGAAGAAGAGUAUCAGAGACUCAUAAGGCCAUCCGAGCAAUUCACUACCUUGUAUGAUAAUCACGACCAAGAAACGUUGACUCCAGCUGCUGCUAGCAAAGAAUUGAAGAACCAAGUAACAACCAUUGUAAAUGUUUUGAUAAGUGUUGGAAGCGUUGUAUAUGCUGUGUGGUAUUGGACAGAUAGUUCAAUGAAGAUGAAAGACAGUUGGCGAGUUCUCUUAUGCUUGUUUUCCGGGGUGCUUGUUCUAGUUGCGGAAGUUGUUGUUUAUAUGGGAUACCUUAAUCGUAUCGAGGAAGCAAAAAUUAGGGAGCGAAAGAAGAAGGAAGUCAAAAAAGUAGUGGGUGUCAUAUGA